AUGUCAACGAAUUUCUUUAAAAAACCAACAAUGAAACAGCCACUUCGAAGCGACGUGAUUCGAGUAGCGAUUAAUGAGGCGCGGUUUUCAUCUCCCGGAAAAGAUUUCAACGAAAAAGAAGCCAAACGAUUAAUCACUUUCAAUAAGGAUUCUCAUAAUCUUCGCAUAAAAGGACCCAGUUAUCUCUGUUCAAAGUGCAAACAAAUCGGCUGGACCAUGAGUCACUGUGAACACUGUCUUCGUGAUGCUUUAAAAAAGAACUUUGACAAUUGGACGUCGGGCAACGAGAUUAUUGAUAACGCUAUUCAGAAUGCACAGAUGCAAUUGCCACUGCCUCGAUAUCUGAUUGAAUGGAUACCGUAUGCGGACUUUGGCAAUAUUCAUUACAGGACCUGCGGAGGUUUUUCCUCGAUCUUCAACGCCGAAUGGAUUUGCGGUCGGAUAUAUUCGUUCGAUAGCGAUAGACUAGUUUUUGGACGGAGUCCGCCAGAGCCGGUCAUCCUCAAACGGUUUGAACGUUCUAACAAUGAAAAUAUUGAAUUCCUGGAAGAAACAAAUGCGAGCGGCUACAACGUGGUUCGAUGUUAUGGCGUCACGAAGGACCCUGAAACGGGAGAAUUUAUUCUGGUGAUGCCCGAAAUGAAACAAGAUCUGAUCCAUUAUUUACGCAUGUUGAUGUAUUAUGUGGUAAUGGGUCAUCCUCCAUUCCACAACCAUAAACACGAUUUGUAUCUGGCUAUCGACAUUUGCAGAGGCCUUCGCCCAAAGAUUUCCAGCGGUCUUCCAACUUCAUACAAAGCGUUAAUGGAACGUUGUUGGGACCCAGAUGCAGAAAAGCGGCCCUCCGCUAUGGAGCUCAAAGAUUACUUUCACGCUCAAGCUAAAGCUUCAUCGAUUGUAGCUAAGGAGGCUGCUAUGACAUUAGUAAAAAAGAAUAUUACUGAUAUUGCUGAUAUUGAUAUUACUGAUAAUUCGGACCAAAGUAAAAUUUACAACUUCGUUGAUCUUCAAGUGAUAAGGCAGAAGGGACCGAGUGGUUCAGAUACGUUUCAUCUGGACACUAUUUAA